AUUGGGAAUAUUUUGUAUAUUUCCUUGUUAUUAACAAACUCUGUCGCUAUUUUAAAUGAAGAAAGGUUUCUAGCAAAGAUCGGCUGGACACAGUCUAACAAUCUAUACCAAGAGCAGACGGUUAAAACACGUCUGAUUAAUUUGAUAUCCGCUGUUAGAACACUUAUGAGAUUCCCACUUAUAAUUUUAAACAUUAUUGUAAUCGUAUAUGAAUUGUUGUUUGGAUAA